GCAAGAUGGCCGACACCGCGGCCACUGCCGGGGCCGGUGGCUCCGGAACGAGAUCAGGAAGUAAACAGUCCACUAAUCCUGCUGAUAACUACCAUCUGGCCCGGAGGCGAACCCUUCAAGUGGUUGUGAGCUCCUUGUUGACAGAGGCAGGGUUUGAGAGUGCCGAGAAAGCGUCUGUGGAAACAUUGACAGAGAUGCUGCAGAGCUACAUUUCAGAAAUCGGGAGAAGUGCCAAGUCCUACUGUGAGCACACAGCCAGGACCCAGCCCACGCUGUCAGAUAUCGUGGUCACGCUGGUCGAGAUGGGUUUCAAUGUGGACACUCUCCCUGCUUAUGCAAAACGGUCUCAGAGGAUGGUCAUCACUGCCCCUCCAGUGACCAAUCAACCAGUGACCCCCAAGGCCCUCACCGCAGGGCAGAACCGACCCCACCCACCGCACAUCCCCAGCCAUUUUCCCGAGUUCCCGGACCCCCACACCUACAUCAAAACUCCGACGUACCGCGAGCCCGUGUCGGACUACCAGGUCCUGCGGGAGAAGGCUGCGUCCCAGAGACGAGACGUGGAGCGAGCACUCACCCGCUUCAUGGCAAAGACGGGCGAGACCCAGAGUCUCUUCAAAGACGACGUCAGCACAUUUCCAUUGAUCGCUGCCAGGCCCUUCACCAUCCCCUACCUGACGGCCCUCCUUCCAUCGGAGCUGGAGAUGCAACAGAUGGAAGAGACAGAUUCCUCGGAGCAAGAUGAACAGACAGACACCGAGAACCUCCCUCUUCAUAUCAGCACGAUUAAAGAAAUAACAGGAUGUCAGUAUGCUGAUGGGAAUGAUCUGAUAGAGAGGAAAAGUGGAUGCAGGAGAGAAAGAAACAUUUUGGAAUGAUGUCCUUUGGUAGGUGAGAGGGUAAGGGAUCUAGGGGACGAAGCGAGGUGGAGGGGUUGGCCUGGUCAUGGGCAUUCCAUUCCCAGGGGAGGAGGUAAGAGUGCGUGGGCAGAGACUGAGGCGGGAUAGAUGCGCUCCUCGGACUUGUGGGGGUUCUCGUCCCGUGAGCAGCGUGCUGUGCUCCGCACGUAAGAGGACGAGACCCCACUCUUGUUCCUGCGUCUUUGCGAGAAAGUGCCAAGUAGAGCCAAAGAAUGGCUAAAGCUCAAAUGCCUCUAAGGCCUGCAGGACCCUAUGGUCAGGUGACCAUAGUCAUCCAUCCUUUAAGACUGGCCCUGGCCCUGGUUUCAAAGCACAGGAGGCCUUGGUGGCUGUCGUUGGACCAGGCAGUUCCCGUGUUCUCUAAGGUUCUGUGAGGCCUGCGGUCGCCGACAGCCCCAAGGUGCAGGGGCGGGGUGCCUGCUCUCUGGUACGUGCCGAAGGGCCUCCUUACUUGAAUACACGUUGCUUUAAUGUUGGAUUAUUCCUUUCAGAAUUAGGGCUGGAAGCCCUUGGCUUCACAUAAAGCAGAGGAACUUGGUAUUCUGCGCUUCUGUUUCGGACUCAGUUAAUUUGGUCUUGGGUCGUGGACUAUGGUGAUUGGGUCGUGGACUAAAGUGAGGUCCACCCUAGGAGGAGAAGGAAUCUUCUAAGCAGACAUCACCUUCCCUUUGUAAGUACAAAGUAGUUAAAGGGCCCGCGGAUGUGUCCUCCAACGCCCCAGGUAAUGACAUAGGUGAGGUCAUGGCAGUGAGCAGGCCGGGGCUGAAUUGAAGGCUGGCAGCUGCUUGGAGCCCAAGUCAGACAGCAAGGACUAGGAAGCCGUGACCCUCAGAGUCAGAUGGGCCGGCUUCAGAUCCAGACUGCGCUGCCCUCCAGAGACUGUGAUUUGGUUGCCGUACCUAACUUAUGAGUCCGGUUCUUCCCAAGCACACGCAGUAGGAGGAGCAGCUAACUCAGCAGCGAACUGCAGGUGCCCAGCAGCUCAGCUCACGGCACCCGUUGCUUCCCUCACCCCCUCCCGCCCCCACCCCCACUGUCUCGGGCUGUACGACCACUUGCUCUUCUAUUAAAAGUACAUAAAUAAAAAGACCCCAAGGAAAGGAUUCUAGCAACAAUUUAUAUACAGUCAGAUGGACUUGUUAAUGGCAUUUUGUCGAACUGGCGAACAUAAGCCUGCGUUUGAAAAGCCACAACGUAGAAAAAAUGUUUGGGAAAGAAGUGCUUAUGCUGCCCAUGUUUGCUGUCCAUCCACGCUGUCUCCUGGGAAGCAGCCGGUGCCACCGGUCUCUCGUGUGUCCCUCUGGAGACAUGGCCUCCUUGUCGUCAUGCCCACAAAUAGCAGAUCACUAACGGGUCUCCCUUCCUGUGUCCCUUUAUCGAUGUGGCCGUCCCAUAUGCGUACCGCGGCCUCUUCCGCCCUCUUUCGGGCUUCACGUAGCCCAUUGUCUGGAUGUAACCAUCAAAUUUAACCAGCUCCCCGUAGAUGUCUGUGUUUUCUAUCCAUAGCGUUUACGGAUGUCAUUAUGGUGAAUUAAAUAACUAGUAUUUUAACUUACUCUUUUGUGUGUCCAUGGCAGCACCUCCUUCAAAGACCAUUGCCCAGGAGUUACUUCCCGUCACCUGGUUCUGGUUUUUCCUAAAGGGGCUGUGCAUUUGACAUUAGUGUGUAAGAGACUUUUCUCUUCCUGUAUGUCUGAACCAGCGGCCUUCCGCAAACAAUACCGGGGUCUAAACUUGUGCUCUUAACGAACAACAUGCCACUCGUUUACUCAACAAGUAUUUAUUUGGUGCGGUGUGUGUCAGAUACUGUUGUGGGUGCAAAUAGAGCAAACAGAACACGUGCCUUUUGGGAGCCCGUGUGUCGGCACUGGGACAACAACAAUAAAUGUUAACAUAUAAAUAAAUGA